UCCGUAUAGAAAUAAAUAUCUCUCCAAACGCACUAACGAUACUCUCUCCCCUCUCUCUCUCUAAUCGCAAGAACCCCGAGCGCAGAGAGACUCAGACUCACAUCUCCUCCGAUCCCUCUUCGUCUUGGUUUAUGAGCUCGAAGGAGAAGCCCACUCUUGGUGGUACGCGGAUUAAGACCCGCAAACGGAAUAUUGCAGCGCCUCUGGACCCUGCAGCGUUUUCGGAUGCAGUGGUCCAGAUUUAUCUGGAUAAUGCUGGUGAUUUGGAACUUAUCGCUAAGAGUAUUGAAUCUUCAGACCUCAACUUCUCAAGAUACGGUGACACCUUUUUUGAGGUUGCUUUCACAGGGGGCCGUACACAACCUGGAACUACAAAACCUGAUGAGGGGGAGCGCCACCCUUACUCUAUAAUAGACUGCGAGCCUAAACGUGAAGCCAUCUUACCAUCUGUAAUCUACAUACAGAAAAUUCUACGGCGGAGGCCGUUUCUCAUAAAAAAUCUUGAAAAUGUCAUGCGAAGAUUCCUGCAGUCCUUGGAGCUUUUUGAGGAAAAUGAGAGGAAGAAGCUGGCAAUUUUCACAGCACUUGCUUUCUCUCAGAAGUUAUCAGGUCUUCCACCGGAGACUGUGUUCCAGCCUCUGCUCAAGGAUAAUCUUGUGGCCAAAGGAAUAGUCCUUUCAUUCAUAACUGACUUCUUUAAGGAGUAUCUGAUCGAUAAUAGCCUUGAUGAUUUGAUUUCUAUCCUAAAGCGGGGUAAAGUGGAGGACAAUCUUCUGGACUUUUUCCCAUCUGCAAAGCGAUCUCCUGAGAGUUUCUCAGAGCAUUUCACCAAGGAAGGAUUGGUAGCCUUGGUUGAAUACAAUGAGAAAAAAAUAUUUGAGGUGAAACUUAGGGAAAUGAAAUCUACUUUAACAACCCAGUUAACAGAGGAGGCUGACAUAUCUGAAGUCACAGAGACUGUGAAGCAGCGUGUUAAAGAUGCUAAAUUGCCAGACUUUGAGGUUGUUAGGAUUUUGUGGGAUGUCAUAAUGGAUGCUGUUCAGUGGUCUGGUAAGAACCAGCAACAAAAUGCUAAUGCAGCUCUACGCCAGGUGAAAGCAUGGGCAAAAUUGUUGAAUUCUUUCUGCACCAAUGGGAAACUUGAGCUGGAACUCAUGUACAAAGUUCAGAUGCAAUGUUAUGAGGAUGCCAAGCUGAUGAAGCUGUUCCCUGAGAUUGUGAGGUCUCUCUAUGACCAGGAUGUGCUUGCAGAAGACACCAUUCUUCACUGGUUCCGCAAAGGAGCAAACCCCAAGGGCAGGCAAACCUUUGUGAAGGCCCUGGAGCCCUUUGUGAAUUGGCUGGAGGAGGCCGAAGAAGAGGACUAGGUGCAGCUGAUCAAGUUGCAAAUGUCAGCAGCUUCCAUCCUAUUAUCAAAUUUCUAUCCAUUCUCUGAGAUAUGGACUAAAUAAAUUUUCAAAAUCAUGUUUCUUGUUUUUUUUUUUUUUUGGAUUCUAUUUUACUUUGGUGUGCUGGUUGAUGAUUCGAAAAACCAUUGAGGAUUUAAUUACUUGUAAUAAUGAAGUCCACUUUCUACUC